AUCUAAAUAAAGCACACCAUCUUUUGAAUCUUUACAAUUUAGACAGAGAACUCCACUUUCAUUUUUAGAUGUUCCAUUUUUUUUUCUUUUAUAAAUAGUGUAGCCAUGAAAACCCUAUAUUUCCAAGCAAGCUCUUAAAAAAAUAAAAAUUAACAAGUUUUUUCUUGCUAUUUUGUUUCUUCCUUCAUCUCUUCUAGCAUCAAAUUUUGUAACCAUCGGAUCGAUGUUCAAAUUCUGUUGAACUUAAGAUCCGAUGGUAUACUAAAGAGUACCUCCAUAUUUACCCCUAUAUUUCGACAACUUUAAAUAUAUACCAGAAUAUCAAGUAUAGCUCAUAACAAUCUAUCUGUUGAACUUUUAGGCCAACCAAAUCAAAUUAGGAAAGAAACCCUAAUAUUUGAAAACCUAACCCUACCACCUUUUUUACUCAUAUUUCAUCAUACUGCUAGUCGUUGUAAAUGGCUGACAAGGUACAACGAAUGUCAUCAGAGCACGGGGUGAUGAUUUUCAGCAAGAGUACAUGUUGUUUAUGCUACGCGGUCACUAUACUAUUUCGAGAUCUUGGUGUUGAUCCAUAUGUGCAUGAACUUGAUCAUGAUUCUGAUGGAAAAGAUAUGGAAAAAGCUCUUAUGAGGAUGGGUUGUAAUGCCUCAGUUCCAGCAGUUUUUAUAGGGGGGAAAUUUGUUGGAUCAACAAAUGAAGUUAUGUCACUUCAUCUCAAAGGAUCCCUAAUUCAACUCCUCAAGCCUUAUCUACCUGAUUAAAAUAAAAAUAAAUUCGAGAAUUGCAGAGUGAAAUUAUUCGCCUUUAAAGGGAAAUAAUAAAAAGAAAGUACUUUAUGAAUUAGGAGGAUAUAUAAUAUUAAAAAGAAAUUUAAAGGUUAAAAUAACAAACGAAUAAAAGUUAGUGGCUCGAUCGACUAAUGACACUAGUCAUGUAGAUCAAGGUCAUGGUAGUAUAUGAUCAAUGUUGUAAUAGUUUGUGAUUAUAUGUAUUUUGUGAGAUAUUAAUUGAUACUAAUUAUUAGUCAUUUGAUA